AGAACAGCGAGCAUGAGAGGGUGUUGCAACCUGACCUAAUUUGUUGAUACUCAUCUGUUGUGUGGGUGGGCAACCUAAAAUGUUUUUCCUGUAAUAUUCAUUUAUAACGUCUACAACAAUUGCAAUUUCCAAGGUAGUUGUCCAGCAGCAACAGAUGAGAUUGGGUACGGAACUACAACCCAAGAACCUAGAGGACCUCUCUACCCGAUAUUAACGACCACCAACCACCACCUUCACAACAACACACAAGCAACAAGUAUAUCAUCACAACAACAGCUCCCACCACCAGUAAUACUAGUAUUAGCAGCAGCAGCAAAAGCAGCAGCAGCAGCAGCAGCAACAGUAACAAUAGAUGUAACGAGGAACAACAAACAGCUAAAAUAAAAAGAAUCAAAGCCAGAGAAAACUUUUCUCGGAUGCUUUUUGUAAUGUGAAUACCCCUUGAUUUGGAUUUAUAUUAUACAUCUAUGUACACGAUAACAUAUAAUUAAAUAUACAUAUGUCCGAGUGUGUAUAUAUUGAAAUAGUUAACAUUCCUUUAGUACUCAAGUGAAACAUUAUUUGUCCAAACAACAGCAGGGCGUAAAUUGCAAAGAAUAUUUUGGAACAAAAAAAGAAGAAAAAAAAAUUCUAUAGCAUUGUGCUUGGGUUUGUUACUAAAGUUAAUGUUUUCUUAUGUUUAUUAAUUAAUAACCAAUAAUUUUUAAUAUAUAUAUCACGCCGAGAAUAUUCUGGAAAUCUAUUCAGUUUUGGAACAAAUGAUAUGUUUUACCCAAGGAAUUUUCCCUUCCGUUCAAACUAGAAGAAAUUAUCUCUACGUGUUUAUUUUGGAGACUUGUGAUAGCUUUUGUAAAGAAACAUCCGACACUUUAAAGGAAUGUCAAAUUGUGAUUGAUUCAUCAUUCCCGAAGAGAGUGUGUCCUGCCGCCAUAGACAAACUUGGAGCACACCUUGAAGAUUUGUUAGGCAAUAUGAGUCAAAAAUUAUACCGCAACAACAGUAACGACAGGAGUCUAAGUUCCAACAGCAGCACCGGUAGUAGAAGCAGUCAAACUAGUAGCAAUGGUGAUGGCGAUAGCCUCAAGUGGUCGGAACAAAGUUACAGUGUCGGUGACAUUUUGGACAAGUUUCGACUGCCUCAAAUCGUUCGGUUGCAUGCGAGGGGACAACCAGUACAUUCAAGCUUACCGAUACCGUUCAACAUUGCUCGUGAACAGUUACUGUUCUUCGAUUCAAGAAACAUUCGGCAGUUGAUUGCUGAAAAUUUAGUAGACACAUCGGAACCCGGAUCAAACAUGGAUUCGUACUUGGAAGAUGUUGUCAUUCCUGAAGACUAUCCAGGUUUAUUUGUGCAGCCAGUAACCAUAGGAAACAGUACCGAACUAAUCACUUACGAUAAUAUUGAAUCUUUGGUAUCACACGAAGCCAAAGGAUUCCUGACUCUACACACAAUACAAGGUAUUCGUAAGACAUCAUCUCUUGGAAGCAUCAGUCAAUCAAAUGCAGGAUCCUGUCCAAAAUUGUACCCCAGAGGAAGUAUAUUUCUAAUUGAAGAAAUUCAAAAAUGGUCUUUUAGUUCAAAAGGAAAUCUUCAGAAUAGCCAUCACGCUCCUUCCAUUAUGAAAGUUCCUUCAGCAAACCGGAAAUCCACAGUGCAUUUUGCUGACUCAAACCAAACAAAUGAAUACGAUUCUAGAGAAAACAUAAACCAGAUAUCUAAAAGAGAAGGAUCAUCUAGAACAUCUUCUCCAUUGUCACCAGCAAGAAAAAUCCCAAGCAUACAAAGGCUAAGUUCCAGUAUGAAUGACAACUCAUUGUUAAGUAGUAGUUUGAAAACAAGACCAGUAGUUAGGUCUGCUUCCGUAGGAUCAUCAAGGUCAAUAGAUAAUGGUCUAGUUCUCAAAUGCAAAGAUGCAAGUGGACGAAAUGUCUAUUUCCCGUUUCAUACUGAAGGGAGUUUUAUUGAAGUAUUAACGCAUCCAACAAACCCGAAUAAACUCUCAAUACAAGUGAAAGAAUUGUUAAACAUGAAAGUUCUUCCUCCCAUGAUAUGCUUUGUCUAUGGCAAAAAACGUCUUUUAUUAACAUCUGGUUUUCUAAAACUCAAGGAGAUUCAAGAACAUCGAUCGGUAGUUGUGUGUGCGGUAAACAGGACUUCAUAUGUCUUAUUCGAGUUGCCUGUCACUUCAAACAUGAAAUUUUCUUUGUCUCUCAAUAAGAAUCUUUUAACGUCCCCUCAUAUUCAAAGAGCAUUAAAUCUCUGCGAAGAGAAUGCCACGAAUUUCAGCAGUGAUAUUAAAGUGGUUACUAAGUUGUCUUCAAAGUCAAUCGAGUUUGGCAACAACGGCCUCACUACUUUCGGUUUGGAAACAUUUAAACAGCUGGAAGACAUAGCCGAAGUGAGUUCCAGUGAAGAAGAAGAUGAUGAUGAAGGUACGAACAAACAGUUUAAUCGUAUACCUGUCGAAGGAGUGAUAUAUCUGUAGAAAAAAAAAUGUUGUUGGUCAGUUUUAUUGGUGGUUCACGGCAAACAUAAUCACCUUCUAUUGUAAAUAAUUAUAUCCCCUCCUCCUCCUCCUCCUCCUCCUCUGUAAUUCGGCAGUUAUCAGCCACAACGAUGAGAUACAUACAUAAAUGAAGCAGAAGAUAUACAUACAUUAAGAAAAUACAAAGAAAUAUGACUGAAAUACAUACAUGCACGCACGUUUUACACAUGUAUGUACAUAUACAUAUAUAGGAGAAUAGCGAGUGGAACCCUUUAAACUUAUUCGGAAAAUUUCCAAGCCCACAAAAUCCUUAUUGCCGCAGAAUACAGCGAUACAAACGUAACACCAGCAGCAUCUCCGCCGGCUUUUCAGUUUCUAGAAACUAAUAAAUCCAAUGUAUUUUUGGAGGAAUUCCCUCUAGGAAAAGUCUCUGCUUUUAAAACCUCAACGUGAGAGUUGUAUUUCGGAAGUAAUGUGAUCGCCCUUCUUUUGGGAUGUAGGAUUUGUUUAGUAAAGAGGUACUGCUGUUGAAGAUCUUAUUGGUAUCCUUCAGUGAAUCAACUUUGUUGAUAAUGAGAUCAUGCCAGCAUCCUGCACAUGAGUAUAAUCAUAUCUUGGCAUUAUUCAGUCUAACAACCAGGGAACUAAAAAAGCCAAAGAAAAAAACACCAAGAAGGUACUGACGAUUCUCAUUCAGCUUCUACAAACAUGUUCAUAUUUAGUUGAUGAAAAAAUCAGUCAAGCUGAUAUUACAGUAUAUUGCAAUGUGUUACAACGCUAUAAGCUAAUUCUAGAUCAUGACUAUAUAUAUAUAUAUAUAUAUAUAUAUAUAUAUAUAUAUAUGUAUAUAAAACUAGAAAAUUACAGUUUCACACUAUAUUCUCUGUCUUGCACUAUUCAUUCGUACUCUAUGACCAUUAUAGCUGACAAACCUGCAACAUUGAACUGUCUGUGUAAUAACAACAAAUUGGCCUUUUGAAUUACAUGCUCAAUCCACCCGAUGGGUUUCCAUACAGAUUCCGUUUGCCUAAUCUGGGGCUAUGACAUUGACACAAGCCAAGAUGCUAUACAGUGGAAUCGAUCCUAGGACAUCCUAAUUGUGAAAUGAUUUUCUUAAUGGCUCAGCCACGCCUUUGUCAUACGCACAUACAUACAUACAUACAUACAUACAUACAUACAUACAUACAUACAUACACUCAGCCACAUACACACACACACAUAUAUAUAUAUACACCAUAAUAUCGAGAACAAAGGCCACAGUGAACUCCCCGCGGGGGAGUAGAAACUCUAAGUUUCGAGUAGCGUCCUUCUUUAGAAAAAGUUGACAGCUUGAUUA